GGCGGAGGAGGAGGAGGAGGAGGAGGAGGAGGCGGAGGCCGAGGCCGCCAUGACCACCCUGCGCCCCUUCACCUGCGACGACCUCUUCCGCUUCAACAACAUAAAUCUGGAUCCACUCACGGAAACCGUAUCCUUUCUCAAGGACGUUCCCGUCGGCGUAGGAUUUACGUGUUCGCGAGUUAGGCGUCGGGCCUGGAUCCGGAGGUACCUGGCUCACUGGCCGGAGUAUUUUAUAGUCGCGGAGGCGCCCGGCGGAGAACUCAUGGGUUACAUUAUGGGGAAGGCGGAAGGUUCGGUGGCCCGGGAAGAGUGGCACGGCCACGUCACGGCCCUGUCGGUGGCCCCCGAGUUCCGCCGCCUCGGCUUGGCCGCCAAGCUGAUGGAGCUGCUGGAGGAGAUUUCCGAACGGAAGGGCGGAUUUUUUGUGGAUCUGUUCGUGAGAGUGUCCAAUCAGGUCGCGGUCAACAUGUACAAGCAACUGGGCUACAGCGUCUUCAGGACGGUCAUAGAGUACUACUCGGCCAGCAACGGAGAGCCGGACGAGGAUGCUUACGAUAUGAGGAAAGCGCUGUCCAGGGAUACGGAGAAGAAAUCUAUCAUACCUUUACCUCAUCCCGUGAGACCCGAGGACAUCGAAUAACCACGGCCUGUGGUUCUUGGGUCGGUCGCUGCGGGUCACGGACGGAUGUGGGUAUUUUGAGGUGGCAGAGUUCAGACGGUCGCGUCGUGGACGGAUCCCACCCUAGAACCAGCCGUGGGAGGAGAUCCCGACUUCGGCUCUCGGGGGCUUGAAUUGUUUUCCGGAUUGAUUGAUUGUCUCCGCCAGCGCGGAUCCCCGUCCAGCAGUAGUUCGCUGGAGAAAGCGGUUGCCGGUCUCUAGCCGGGCCGUCUUCACGACUCCCAGCGCUAGCCCGUCGGGGCCGGAGGAAGAUGGAGUCCCGAAUCCCUGACCCGAGAAUCACGGCCGCAGAGGGUUUCCGUUCCCGCCGGCCAGUCCGAUGAAGCCUACAGAGCUGAACCGACAAGCCGGCGGGGAAUAAAGCUACGACGUAUAUUAAAAAAACGAAUUCCGUAGGA